AUGACUACACACUACCGGUGUUUGUUUUGUGGAGCUUCUACAACAACAAACUGUUAUUGUUCAUCAUGUCGUCAGAUGGAUCGAUGUGCCAUGUUCGACGCUCUUUUGAAGCUGCUUGGCAAUGCGACAAAAACGAACAGCUAUUAUGAUCAAAUCAAGAAUAUUUCUCAAGAAAUUGAGACUCUUGAUUGGCUUCUCACACCACUUCAAUUCAGUCCCGUUACGUGUUUUGAUCCAAAUAUUCACAGAAUUGAUCAAUGUGCGAAGGAAUAUCUUGAAAAUGGUUGUACGGACAUUCAAGGUAUGGUACCUGUCGCGGUUCCAGGAGACGGCAACUGUCUCUACCAUUCUAUCAUAUGUUUAAAUGGAACGAAAAAGCUACCCGUUAGCGAACUGAGAGUUCGGACUAUAAUUGAACUUGUAAAAAAUGAUAUUUUUUACCAUAAUCAGUUUUCGCAUAUUAUUGGACCGCUGAAUGAAGCUGUCAAAAGUAUUGCCCGUAAUUAUUCAUACUCAGAACUCUAUGAAAUUGUUGGACUGAGUAAUGUCCUAAAAUGCAAUAUUCGAAGCGUAUAUCCUAAAAUUCAAUACCGUUCCGAAUUGAAUAUUUUCAAUAGUAUAUUCCAAUGUAAUAAACACGAAUCUACAUCGAAUAUAAUCACUCUACUUUGGUCUAACACUCAAAGUGAAAUUUAUGCACGAAGCUGCAAUGCUGGCACCUGGACCCCAAACCAUUUCGUACCACUUUUAGCUGCACAAGACGACACUAUGCUCCAAAAUACUUAUCUAUCAGUAGAUCUCACCUCGAAGACCACACCAACGAAAUCAACAACAAAGAAUGCCGUAUCGACUCCAGUGCGUGUUCCACAUUUUGUUGACCUAGAUCACGAAAUGGAUGCAUCACCAAAAUCUUCAACAUGCUCUGCUGAUUCAAACAGCACAGCAAGCCGUAAGAUUAAACGAAAAGAGAAGUAUAUGAAGGGUAACGAACGUACCGAAGUUCAGACGGCCGAAAAUAAACAAAUAUCUGCUCGAGAAAAAAGUGCCGCCCGAAGAGCUGCAUUAUCACCUACACAGAUAGAACGGCAACGUACUCUUGAUCGUGAGAGAAAAGCAGCUAGUCGAGUUGCUAUGACAUCCGAAGAAAUCGAAUGUCAACGAAUAACUGCUCGCGAAAGAAGUGCAGCUAGAAGAGCCGCUUUAACACCUGAAGAAAUUGAACGUCAACGAGAACUUGCUCGCGAAAGAAGCAUAGCUAGAAAAGCUGCGUUAUCGCCUACGCAGAUGGAACGGCAACGUACUCUUGAUCGUGAGAGAAAAGCAGUUAGUCGAGUUGCUAUGACAUCCGAAGAAAUCGAACGUCGACGAAUAACUGCUCGCGAAAGAAGUGCAGCUAGAAGAGCCGCUUUAACACCUGAUGAAGUCGAACGUCAACGAGAACUUGCUCGCGAAAGAAGCAUAGCUAGAAAGGCUGCGUUAUCGCCUACGCAGAUGAAACGACAACUCACUUUUGACCGUGAGAGGAAAGCAACCAGUCGAGCUGCCUUGACACCGGAUCAAGCUGCAAGAGAACGAGUGAUUGCACAAGAAAGAAGUGAAACAAGAAGAUCCGCUCUAUCAUCAGAAGACAACGAACGACAACGAAUACUUGCUCGAGAUAGAAGUAUGGCUAAACGUGCUGUUGCAUCACCAGCAGAAUCCGAAGCACAACGUGUAUUAGCUCGUGAAAGAAGCUCCACUAGACGAGCGAUGAUCGCAUCGCAAAGUACCGAACAAUUGGAAGCAUCUGGUCAGAAGCAAAAUCGUUCACAGGAGAAUAUUAAUCUGAAAACAGCUGCGGCACAUAGAAAAACAGAUAGCGUUGAAGUGGACUGGCCAAAACCUGUGGAUUUAGAGUGCAAGAAAAGCUGUUUAAAAAACUUCAUUCAAUCGAUGUCAAUGAAGGCUCUAGAGGAGGGCGUCUGCAGUAUAUGUAAUAUACGUUGCUACAAGCGGGAUCUUCGAUGUGUCCCUUAUAAUAAAAUCCCAUCAAUUGAAUUGCUCAAAGCACAUGAUGAUCUUUACAAUAUGAUCUGUGGGUUUGAUCAAUCGAAAAGCUUACAUACAGAUGAUCAAAACAGCAUGGAUUGUGACUUGGAAUUGUCGACUGAUGAAUCUGAUCGGUUUAAACAAUCUUCUGAAACAAAAGCAUCAUUUAUUUGCGUGAAUGGUAUAGUUCUAUAUAGAAAAGGACUUCAUCAUAACUUUGAUAGGAGAAAACGUUCCAUGGUUCAUUGCGAUAUUUGCAUGGAAUGUUGGUCUUCUUUGACAAAAGAAAAGAUACCCAAAUUCUCAGUUGCGAACAAGGUGUGGGUUGGUGAUGUAACACCGGAACUUCAAGGUUUAACAAUUCCCGAACAGAGACUGAUUGCACUUUAUCGCCAUAACAGCUGCAUUGUAAAGCUACAGUCUUCGUUUCAUUCAGCAUCUACCGCACAAUCAGCACUAAAAGGCAAUUGCAUAAGCUUUCCUCAGGAUGUCGUUAACAUUGCAACUACCCUACCACUAGAAUUAAACGAAUUAUGUGAUUCUUUAAAAAUAAUAUUCGUCGGAUCUCAUACUCCAAAUAGAAAUCAAUUAAAAAGAAUUCUAACUGUUCGAAAAACAAAAGUAGCAGCAGCGCUCCAAUGGCUGAAAACUAAUAACUCCUUGUAUAAACACAUUACAAUCAAUAAAUCCGCAAUCGAGAACUUACCAAGUGACGAUGUGCCAGAAUGUUUAUGGACCACGAUGCAAAUUUCAACUGAAGUUCAAACUGCUGGAAACGACAGGGCAGGUUAUGUUCCCGAGACCAAUCCUGAUAAAAAUGACUUGAAUAAUGAUGAAACCAUUCCCCUAAUGACAAGUGGUGUUUUGGAUGUUAACGGUGUCAAUAUUUCCUCUGAUGAUGUAACACAACACAUGCUGGAGCGUGUGAAAGUACAAACAACGGAAGAUCGGCGCGACAGAGAUUUAGAAGCAAACGUUAGAAAAGAUCCUAUUUAUUUAAUUCCUCGCGGCAACAAACCUGCAAAUGAAUAUUACAAUCCAAAUCUGUUGAUGGGUAUCUUUCCUACACUUUUCCCAUAUGGAUGUGGCGCCUUGGAAGACAAUUCAAGACCUGUAAAAAUCAAUUUACGAGAACAUAUAAGACACUUGCUAUCAUUUGAAGAUCGUCGUUUCGAAGAAAAUCAUUCAUUUAUAUUUGUUGUCUUUAACAUUUUACAACGUCGCACAGCAUGCUUUCACGCCCAACUGAUGACAACAAGACCAUACUUUCAAAAAUCCGCCGAACUCAUUGACUCAUUAAGUUCUGAUGAUAUACAAACAGCUCUUGUUAAUAUUUCCAAAGGGAUAUACUCGAAAGUUGUUGAUGAAAGGAUAAAUGCACUAAUGAAGCAUAUCAGGGUUAUUAGUGGUCAUGUUAUGGGAUCUGCUCAUUCUCGAUCAGCUCUUCGUACAAAGAUUCAUGCACUAUGUUUCAAUAUCGGUUUACCGAGUCUGUUCGUUACGAUCAAUCCAGCUGAUAUACACAGUCCAGUAGCUCUUUAUUUCUCAGGCGUUGAUCUGGAUCUUGAUAAUGUUAUACUGAAAAAGAUGGGUACAAGCUAUGAGCGUGCUCAAGUAAUUGCCACUCAUCCUGUUGCCACUGCGAAAUUCUUCAAUUGUUUGGUUAAAAGUAUUUUGAAGUGCCUAGUACUUGGAGGUGUACUUGGUCCCGCCAAGGCGUAUUUCGGUACUGUGGAAAGUCAGGGUAGAGGAUCGCUCCACUUACAUCUUCUUAUCUGGCUCAAUCAUGAAUUUACUCCAGCACAACUAAAAGAGCAGAUUCAACAAGAAGAUUUUCGCACUAGAUUGUUAGAAUACUUGGAAGAUAUUAUAAAAGAAGAUUUAGAUUUGUUUCAAGAAAAAGGUGAUAAUGCAUCAAAUGCUACGGAAAACAUCGAAGCACCACAAAUGGAAUCUGCGAUGAGUGAAACGGUUCCAGCAUGUCAACCGAUACCGAAUCCAUCUGCCGACAACUUUCUAGAAAUGUUUCAUAGAUAUAUUAUACACCUUGUGAAAACGUGCAAUAUUCAUAAACAUACUGCGACAUGUUAUAAGUACUCUAAAGGAAAAGCCAACGAUUGUCUAAUUUGUCGAAUGCGAAUGCCACGCGUUCUGGUGGAAAGUUCUAGUAUUGAUCUUGAAUCUGGUCAAAUUGCUAUGCGUCGUUCUCAUCCAUGGAUCAAUAAUUUUAAUGAAUGGCUGAUUAGUGCUUGCAGAUCCAACAUGGAUAUUAAAUUCAUUUGGAGUGGCAGCGACGCCAAAGCUCUUGUUUAUUAUAUAACUGAUUAUAUUACAAAAUCGAGUCUUGCUUUCCACGAUAUGUUUCUAUUUGCACAACAAGGAAUUAAGUCGAUUGAGCAAUACCGAAUUCCAGACCGAACUGAAAGUGCGGUUGAAAAAUCGCGGAAACUUGUAUUGCGAUGCUACAACAUGAUUGCUUCACACCAAGAAGUUUCAGGUGUUCAAGUAGCAUCAUAUUUGAUGAACUUUGGAGACAAUUACACGACGCAUACGUUCAAGAACCUAUUCUUGUUCUCUAUUGAAAACUAUCUGCAAACAGAAUUAAUCAAAGCAAGACUGGGUGCAAAAGAGCCUGACGAGCGAACUACAGAAGGUACGCUAAGUGAUUUUUAUGAGGAUCACGAAGAAGAUGGGACAAAAAUGAAUGAAGAACAAUUUAUUUUGGAAAAGACAGCGACCAAAAAUGAAAACACAUAUGUGAUGGUAAACACGCGUCUUGACUAUCAAUGCCGAUCCAGAGAUUUAACUACAAUCUGUUUAUAUGAUUUUGUCAGCCAGUUUCAUAAGAAAGUCAUUGACAAAUCCGAUCAACGUGCACUAAAGAAUGCCCAGAGUUCUCAUGGUGAACGUCUGAGCACAGAGGGUACAAGAAUGAAUGAACGUCAUACCUUUGAAAGCACACAUCCUCAAUCAGCAUCACACAUUCUCAUCAGACAUAACAAUCCAGUUGUACCAGUUCUUCUAGGUCCUCAAAUACCACGCCGAGAGCGAGAGGAUACUCGUGAACGAUAUUGUCGCGCAAUAUUAACACUAUUUGUACCAUGGCGAUCAAUAAAUGAUCUUUGCACAGUCACUCAGACAUGGUCCGAAGCGUUUGAGACUCAUCGACAUCUCAUAUCUGACAAGGCACUGAGAAUCAUUGAAAAUAUUCAGUUGCUCCAUGACUGCAAAGGCGAUCGAGACCAACACCUUUUACAAACUAUUGCAGUAGAUGACAGCGAUAGUAAAAUUGAUCCUGUUCUUAUCCCUGAUAAUUUCAGAAAAGACGAAGAUGACGAGGAUGAUGAUCCUGAAGAACUUUUGCAAAUGCUAUCUCUUGUGAAUGAAACUAACAGCAAAGCAUUUGUGAAGUCCUCUAGCUGCGCAGAGCAGCGUUACCUAUGUGAAGCAUUGGAAUCAAUCGAUAGUACAGAUCGAUUUGCCUCAUUAAAGAAUUGCAGAAAUUUAUUGAACAGAAAUGAGUAUCAUUCAUUAGAUGACUCGAAUGCAUUUGUGACGGCUACUUUGGAUCAUGCAAAAAUGGUUAAAGAAUGGAAACGUGACAUUGAAACGAAAAGAGACAAAGCAAGAAAUUAUUUAAUUUCUGGUGAUUACACUGUAGAAACACAAGACGACGAAAUGCAAAUUGAACCAGUCACUGCUCAGAUCCCUACAAGUCCUUUGAAGGAUCAAAUAUCAACAGUUUUACCUGUGAGUACAGUUGAAACUGUUCUAUUGCCAAGCAAACCAGAUAUUAUCAUGAAAUUCACAUUGAAUAAACAGCAAUCAUUCGCAUUCAAGAUUAUUUGUGAUCAUCUCGACGGCGACUAUUCAUCGCGGAACGGUAAAUUUUUGACUACUUUUGAUAAUAUGUUGUCAUCUACAAUAUAUUAG